AUGACUUGUACUUUUGAGUUGGAAGAAGGGGUCUUCCGAAACCGACUUCUAGGCAAGUACGAUUUGAAUACAAGAAACUCGCUUCUUGAACCUGUUUCCAUUUUCGAGGCCCCGGGAUCUCCGGAACACGGUAUUGGAUAUAGGCGCAUCCCGAAGGACGCUCGAUUGUACGACCAAUGGAGGAUAACGACUGGAGACUCCCGGUUGGCAGUAGCUGGUCCGUCAUGGUCGCGUGAUUACCUCACACUCCCCAUUUUGGACUCCGUGGGAUCGAAAAGGGGUUUCAAGGCCCCAGUUAGGCGGGGUCCUCCUGGUGCUGAAGUCAUGGUCUUGCCGGAAGUAGCGACUACCUUCCGACGCCCGAUGACAGGUUCCUCCAAAUCCUUGAUAGCAAGGCGAGAUCAUCACGAUGGUGUAUUGAUCUACUAUCAAAACGCUGGUGGAAUGAAUAGUAGCGUGGACGAAUACCUUUUCGCAAUAUCCGAUGGGUGUUACGACAUCAUCGUUCUAACCGAAACGUGGUUGGGCUCACGAACUCUCUCUGGACAGGUUUUUGGUACGGAAUACGAAGUAUGUCGCUGUGAUCGUGGACCUCGAAACAGUCGCAAAUCAACUGGUGGCGGCGUUCUCAUAGCUACCAAAAAGAUGUUCAAAACUAGAGUUUUGAACAAUGACGACUGGGAUAGUGUAGAACAGCAAUGGGCGUGUAUCCAGCUUACAAAUCGCAAGGUGUUUCUGUGUGUUGUAUAUGUGCCCCCUGAUCGAACCCGUGACACCGCCUUAAUCGACACUCAUUCCCGAUCGUUAGCGGCGGUUAUUGAAAAGGCUAAUGCGGUCGACGAAAUCAUAAUCAUUGGGGAUUUCAACUUACCGGAAAUCUCUUGGAAAUCGUCCUGCAAUGGGUUUCUACACCCCGAUCCCGAUCGAUCUAAGUUGAAUGUAGGUGCAUCCAAACUUUUAGAUAGUUAUAGCUCCGCCACGUUACGACAAAUUAAUUACAUUACCAACGAAAAUGGUCGCUGUCUUGAUCUCUGUUUCGUGAGUGCUCGAGAUGUCGCCCCAGCUAUCUCCAUUGCUCCAGUCCCACUGGUCAAACAUGUGAAUCACCAUCCUCCAUUAGUCCUCACACUCGACGAUCAUUGUUCAAGCAAAAUGAUGACUGUCGCUCCCGUGUUUUACGACUUUCGUAAUGCUGACCAGCAAAGCAUUAUUGAAUUUCUAUCUGCCAUCGAUUGGACCGCUGUCCUCGACGAACGUAAUGUGAACAAUGCUGCUCAGACACUCUCGCACAUCCUGGGUCAUGUGAUUGAGCGACAUGUACCUAAGAAAGCUUUCCUGAACAACAAACCGUGGAUGACUCAUGAGCUUCGUGUACUGAAGUCCACGAAGAAAGCUGCUCUUAAGAAGUACUCGAAAUAUCGGACAGUUUCGCUGCGAGACCAUUACAAGAGACUAAACUCCGCAUACCAUUUGAGUAGCCGCCUGAGCUUCCGACGGUACCAGGAAAACCUCCAACGGAAUCUGAGGAUUCGGCCCAAGUCCUUCUGGAAGUACGUUAACAGUCAACGGAAAGAGGCUGGCUUUCCUUCAACCAUGACCUUCAACGAAAAAUUCUCCUGCAACCCCGAUGACAUCUGCCAGUUUUUUGCCGACAAGUUUGCCAGCACUUUCAACAAUCAAGUCAUUCCCGAUCGUCAAAUUCAUCAAGCCGCUUGCAAUGUUCCGUUAAUGACUGGAAGUAGUCUAUACAGACUUGACAUCGACAAUGCCAUGAUUUUUAGAGCCGCCUCGUCGUUAAAGUCAUCGAGCAACUCUGGCCCUGACGGAAUCCCAUCCGUUUUUGUGAAGAGGUUCAUUGAAAAUCUCCUGACUUCUCUGCAGCACGUAUUCAGCCUGUCCUUGUCAAGUGGUGAAUUCCCGUCGGUUUGGAAAACCGCCGUUAUGUUUCCCGUUCUCAAGAAAGGUGAUCGCAGGAACGUCUGCAACUAUCGCGGUAUCACAUCACUGUGCGCAAUCUCCAAGCUGUUUGAACUUGUAGUUAUGGACCCACUUCUCGCACAUUGCAAACAAUAUCUGAGUGACGACCAACAUGGGUUCAUCUCAGUGAGAAUUACCAUGCUACAUGGUAGCUGUAACAUGGUGAGAUUCAUAAUAUGCAUAUUCAGCAGUACUAUUCAAUUUUUACCAUUCGUCGAGUAG